AUGAACACUCAACAAAGAGAACUCACCAUCUUUAAUAAUUCUUCAGCCAAAAGAAAGUUAUAUAUAAGCUUAAAUAAUCAACUCGCGAGAUUACAACAAAAUAUUAUGAUUAUGGAGCAAUCUAUUGAAAUUACUGUUGACCAACUUGAAAAUAUUGGAAAUUUUGGAUUAUCGCAUGGUGCUUUAUUUAUGGCUGCAAAUCGCGUUUUACGUAGAGAUUCAACUCGCACAUCCAUCAACCCGGAAACCGAUAAUAACUUGGAGUGA